AUGUCCGUAACCACAACAACAGCGACCGCUGCUCACGCGCCGACCCAUAGAAGUCUCGCCCACCCACCGCGAACUCUUCGCAAAGCUAUCAGCUACACAAGUAACUUCGCCUCUUCCACAGCCGCUUCCUCCCCCAGUCUCAACUCGCUCUACAACUCUCAUUCGCGCCUCACGCCGUCCCAUCACACCCUGCCGCGCAAAUCCUCCCUGGCCGCCUUGACCUCCAAAUCUCUCGCCUCCAUUCCCGAUGUAAGCGAGUCCUACGCCUACAACAGUGUGCUAGCCGAGUCGCCCGAUCGCAAGAUGCCACCCGCCACUCCCGGUAAGGCCGGGAACGACUUCGUCGUUGGCGAUGUUGUCGAAGUUCCCGGAAAUAUGCUUGGCACGGUUCGGUUCAUUGGCUCGGUGGAUGGAAAGAAGGGCACUUUUGCUGGCGUUGAGUUGCACCCCGAGUUCUCGCAGAGGGGCAAGAACUCUGGUGAAGUGGAAGGUGUCUCGUAUUUCACCACGACUCUCCCUGGCGCUGGCAUCUUCUUGCCCCUCAACAAGGCCGUUAGGAGGGAUUCUCCUUCCGGCUCGUCAUAUGGCUCGUUUCCUCAGACCCCCACAAUGGGUGGUUUCAAAGCCGGCACGCAGAACUCGACGAAUUACACCCCUCCGACGCCCUCGGUGCCGACGUUCAGCAAGUCUGUCGGGCCGGGCCGAGCUUCUAGUCCUGCGCUGAAGAAAUCUAUCAGCAGGCCCUCCGUCCGGCCAGAGUCACCCGUGCGAAAAUUGCAGAUGACGCCUGGUCCGAGGCCGUCUUUGGCGACUCCCGGCAAAGUGCCCUCCAAAUUCAGCUCGCCAUCCGUCAACCGCUUCGCCCAGAGUGUACGUGGGACAUCUGGAGAUCCCAGCAAGACACCGAGACUAGAUAGGAAACCAAGUAUUGGACCUCGCAGUGCGUCUGCCCUUGGUCAAACGUCAAUGUUCGACGAGGAUCCUACGCCUCAACCUACUUUGCAGCGGACACAGACAAAUGGAAGCACGAACUCAGUCUCUUCAUACAACUCCAAAUUCAGAGUCCCCUCUCGAGCUGGAGCUGGGUCAAGAGCUGCAUCGCGAGCUCAGAACGAAGACGAGAUCGAGCGCCUAAGGGCAACUUUGGAGGACCGUGAGAGGCAGUUGAGGGAUCAGGCUUCCACCCUGGCAGAGAUGGAAAGCAGCCUUACCGAGUUGCAGAGCCUUAUGGAGAAUUCAGACUUGGGGGCACCAAAACGAAAUAGCAUCGACGAUAAGGACACGGCGCAACUUCGAGCGUUGGUCAAGGAGAAGAAUGAGAAGAUCGCGAUGCUCACAGCCGAAUUCGACACCCAUCGGGCAGAUUUCCGAAGCACCAUCGACACCUUGGAAAUGGCCAGUGCUGAGACCGAAAGAGUAUACGAGAAACGAAUCGACGAGUUAAUGCUUGAGAUUCGGGAACUCGAAUCCCGAACUGAUGAUGUGGACUCUGUGGCUCGGCAGUUGAAGCAGCUCGAGGAGCUAGUUCAAGAGCUCGAGGAGGGCCUCGAAGAUGCGCGACGAGGAGAAGCUGAAGCUAGAGGGGAGGUCGAGUUCCUUCGAGGCGAAGUCGAGCGCACGCGGACUGAGUUGCGCCGUGAACGCGAGAAGGCUGCGGCUGCGAUGAACGGAUCUAUAGCCUCCCCUAGCGGGGACCGCUCCUCUGGAUCCAAGGAGCUGGAGCAAAAGGAAGACGAAAUCCGGGGGCUCAAGGCUAUCAUCCACUCCCUCAGCCGGGAUUCUGUUCCUGGUGGGGGCGCCGAUAAGCCAGAAGACCCUUCGGUCCACGAGAACGCCUUGGCUCGGGAAAAGCUGGAACACGAGUUGACAGAGCUUCAUGCGAUUGUCAAGGAAAAGAAGCAACGUGAAGAGGAGCUUGAGCGGGAACUGGAGAUGCUCCGUAGGGGAAGCGUCAUGACCCAACAGACUGGCUCCGUCACCAACGGCGGUGCUCAGCGCUCGUCGCUUCGCGAUUCGCGGGAUACCGUUGUCCUGAUGCACAACAGCGAGUCCCAAUCCCCUACAGCGACGCACAAGCGCGUCCGCACACUGGACACCAUGCCAGAGAGUGACGCUUACUCGUCAGUCACCGACAACAGUACCCUCUGGUGCGAGAUCUGCGAGACUGGCGGUCACGACAUCCUUACCUGCACCAACAUGUUCGGCAGCGAAACUGCCAAGAACAACGGCGACGCCAGCAAGGCGAUCAAGGAUGCUACCAGAGAGGACAUGAAACCCAUUCCUGCGGAAGACAAGCCUGCUCCCUUGUCACCGGUCAAGUCCAAGACAUCGGCCUCUUCCAACAUCCAGAUGCUCCCCAACCCCAUGGAGACCGGUCCUGUGGCUGGCAAGGAGACAGGCGUAGUAGACAACUCAAAGUGGUGCGCUGUUUGCGAAAGAGACGGGCACGAAAGCUACGAUUGCCCGUUCGAGGACGCGUUCUAG